CCUGAAGAAGUUGCUGAAAACUAAAGCAGAUGCUUUUUUGUCAAAUGACUAUUAUGAGUCUGAUGUUGCUUGGAUGGAAUUGGAUUCAAAAUUGGAUGUAACAAUUGGACCGUAUGAGACAUAUGAAGAUGGGAUUUUUGGAUAUAAGGCUACAUUUGAAGCGUUCAUUGGAAUACGUGAUGAUGUUGCAACUUCUCAAGUUAAACUUUUUGGGGACCAUUUGCAGCUUUUGCAACAAAAUCUUCCACUGGAUGACAUCUAUAAAACAGGAGAUAUUGUUGCUGCUCCAAUCCGUGUAAUAAAGCUUAUCUACAAUGCCGGG